AGGCCGCUCAAAGAUUUAUCAUCCGUUUUCUCUCGCUUUUCAUAGCCGGCGCGCAUUUGCUCGGGGUGGUGCCCUCGCGGUGAGUAAGGAGGCGGAAGAAGGAAGAAGAAACGAGGCGGGAGAAGGAAGAAGAAACGAGGCGGGAGAAGGAAGAAGGGGGGAGGAGGAAGAAGAGAUGUCUCACUUCGGGAGAUCGGGACCUCCUGAUAUUAAGGACACUUACUCUCUGCUCGUUCUCAACAUCACCUUCCGAACAACGGCCGAUGACUUGUUCCCCUUGUUCGACCGCUAUGGUAAGGUUGUCGAUAUCUUCAUCCCCAGGGACAAGAGGACAGGGGAAUCGCGAGGCUUUGCGUUCGUAAGGUACAAAUAUGCGGACGAGGCGCAGAUGGCGGUCGACCGUCUCGAUGGGAGGACCGUGGAUGGCAGAGAAAUCAUGGUGCAGUUCGCGAAAUACGGCCCGAAUGCAGAGCGCAUACAUAAAGGGAGGAUAGUUGAAUUUGUCCCGAAGUCAAGAGGCAGAUCCAGAAGCUACAGUCCGAAACCCAGAUACCGUGAUGACCACCGUCAUCGUGACGACUACCGCGAUAGAGAUCAUAGAAGGCGAAGUCGCAGCCGCAGUGUUGAAAAAUUUGAUCGUCAUCGGGACCGGGACCGUGGAAGGGAAAGGAGCUCUCGUCACCGAAGCAAAAGCAGAAGUCUGAGCCCUGAUUAUCACAGGGGACGAGAUAAAGGGAAGAUUACUGAUGAACCACGGAGCAGAAGUGGCUCUUAUGCUAGUCCCUCUCCUCGUCGAAGUCCUAGCCCUCGAAGAAGCCCAUCUCGCAGUAAGAGUCCUCCAAGCCGUAAUGUGAGCCCUUCCAAGCGGAGCCCAGAUAAAAGAUCUCCUUCUGCCAGUCCUGCUGGAAGAAGUCCAAAUGGAAGGUCACCAGCAUCUGACUAUUGAGCAGCCAUGGGCCACAUAAUCAUAUAUCUCGGUGGAAGUUUCAAACUUUUUUGAUGAGUCUAUGUCUCGUCUACUGCUUGGUUUAUGUUUGUGCAUUUUGAUGAGGCUGAAACAAUGUGGACGAAGUUACCUGAUUUCUGUAGCCUGUGAAAUUUGUCUUUGCAUCAGAAGUAUCAUCGUGAAACUCUAGUUUUUGACUGCUUGGUGUCAACAACUAUCAGCAAACUUUUGCAGUUGGAGAUUUGGAAAUAGUUGUAGGCUGAAAAUGCUUUUAGUCUGUAAGUCUUGUUUCUAUUCCAAAAGUACUUCUGUUGGUGGAAUUGACUAGGCUAUGUGUUAAAGGAAGUUGGUGAAUGCUACUUUUCUUAUUCA